AUGCUGCGCCUUGGGUCGUGCCUUCUCUGCGCCGCGUCGAUUCAGCGCAUAAAGGGGGCCGCCGAACUGUCGAAAAACUACAAGAAGAUAGAGGCUGAUGAAAAGCAGCUCGCCGAGGCGGAAGCGAGACGCAAGGAGUAUGAGCAUUACCCACUGCGCUAUCGCCUGCUGGAGUGCAAACCCGGACUGCCGCUUGCCCUGACCAAGUUGAAGUACCUCCUGGCCUGCCGAAGAACACACCCUGAUGCUGGUGGCGACGCGGAAGACUUUCUGCGUGUGAGCCUGGCCUACCAGGACGUCAUGAAGGACUACGGGGUCGAGACGGUCGAGAACAAGAUUGUGAAUCUGGGAAAUUUUCAGGUGGAUGACCAUGAGGCACGAAAUUAUUUGGAGGCCCGUGCCCAAAUAAAAAGUUUUAUCCCCAUCUCCACCCUAACGGACCAUAUUCGGAAGCUUGAAGAAAUUACGGCGCGACUUGGGGAGGACGUGGUAGCACGCAUAGCCGCCAACGACGAUGAGGCGAUCCUUCUUCUUGAGGAUAUUGAGGAUAUGAUGGAGGAGGACGGUCUCCGCACCGUUCGAUUGGGAAUGCUUGAGGAUGGCAGCGUCAGGGUGGAGGGAAGGAUGACCCUCACCAAUGGCACCGAAAGGCCGCUAUACCUUGAAUCUGCUUCCAAGAGCCCGGUGGACCGCGACGCCACCAGCGACGCAGCUGAGAAUGCCAGGGCGACAGUUGAGGGCAAGAAAGCACCUGGAGAAAAUGAGUCCACCCCCGGCCUGGGAGAAGGCACACCUGGCGAUGAAAGUGCCAUACGAACGGCAGAUGUAAGUGCCGAAGACAUUGAGGUUAUCACGGCCAAAAACAAGGUACAGGAUCGCUCAGACGUGGCUGGGUUGGCCUCCCGAACAGCGACAGAGGUGAUGAAAAAUACUGAGAUAGUGAAGCAGAUUCGUCUUGAGUCCUCCAUACUUUUUGUAUUUUCGCUGUGUAUUUUCCUGGUGGUGUAUGUGUACGUGGAGGGCCUGAUGCGUGCAAAGAUGCAAAAGAAGAAGCGACCUGAGACCAUGGAGCACGUGACAACGGACACGAUGCUCCCUUGGUGGGGAAAUGAUGCUGAGUACGAAAGCCAAGUGAAGCGCAUUUUUGUUGAAGAAUGGCGCCGGGCGCGUGCGAGCUCGCGUCGCGUCCAGACGUUUCAAGACGGCGUGGCACGGGAGUCCUUGGAUGAGGAGACCAAAAAGGCAAUGGAUCUCAAAAUAUUUACCGUAACAGCUGAACGCCUGCGGGAGAUGAGGGAACACGCGGACAAACAAAAUGGCCGCCAAUAG